CCUUCCAGCGCAGUACCCGCUAUCAAGUCGCGAAUCCGAAGUCAUGACGAUCACCCACGCCUCCUUCGCAGCCGUCGUUUUGGCCCUCUGCUGCCUGAGUUCGGUCCAUUCCCAGCCACAACGAGGACUUCCCCCGCCCCGCGGCAACUCCUUCGAUGCGAACGCGGUGAUCCUCAAGCAGAACUUCGACCUCAAUCCCGAUGGCUCCUACCAGUACAACUACGAGACGAGCAAUGGAAUCCGAGCGGAUGAGGCUGGCUAUUUGAAGAACCCGGGCAGUCAGUUGGAGGCUCAGGUAAUGCAGGGAUCUUACUCGUAUACCGGACCCGAUGGCGUGGUCUACACCAUCAACUACAUUGCCGAUGAGAACGGAUACCGUGCCGAGGGUGCCCACAUACCCACUCCGCCUCCAGUUCGUGCCGCCGCCGCUCCCGGAAGAUUCUUCAAGUAAACCCCAUCACUCCAACUUCGUGUUCUAAUUCUUCAUCGCUACGCUCAAGUUGGCAAUCGUUUCGUUGCGGGUCAGUUAAAUUGACCGAAAGUGAACCAGAUACAAACAAGAGAGAUCCAUCAUCCCACCCCCAACCAUUUCCCUGCUCCCGAAAACCUUCCUCACCUUCGUGCUUCAUCUGUGCAUUUCUAAGGCAAAGCCAAUUUCCAAUCUACGUUCUACAUUCUACUUAGUGCCUAACAAACUGUGUGUGAGAUAAACAUUUGUAAAAUAUGUAAAUUCGAUUGUUAAAUGUCGUACGGCAACGCAAGCUCAGCAAUAAAACGAAAAUUGCACAAAAAUCAA